AUGAUAAAAUUAAGAAAUCCUGGAACAGUUGCGAACAUCAAAUGGACCGCUGGCAAUAAGUUUAAGUAUGCUUUUUUCGCUUAUGGAGCAUCAAUUGAGGGUUGGAAACACUGCAGACCAGUAAUGAUGGUGAAUGCAACCUUCUUGAAAUCAAAAUACCGCGGUGUGCUCAUGAUAGCAGUAGCAAAGGAUGGAAACAACAACAUAUUUCCUCUUGCAUUUGGUAUUGCAGACUCUGAGAAUAAUGAAUCCUACAGGUGGUUUUUCAGACACGUGAAAAAGGUGUUUGGCACGCGCAAAGAUCUAUCAAUUCUUUCCGAUCGCCACGCAUCAAUUGCAACUGCAAUCAAAGAACUGUAUCCAGAUACCAAGCAUGGAAUAUGCAUCUACCACAUGGAGAAGAACUUGCAGAAACAUUUCCCAUCCGAAGCGAUCCUAUCCUGUUUUACAAUGCAGCAACUACCUACAAACAGGCAGAGUUUCGGAAAAUUGGAUGCAACAAGAUCGUCCCAUGACCUGACAUGUUGGGCUGAAAAGAUUCUGCUUGAAAAGAUAAGUAGAGGCUUCACAAUGAAAGUAGAAAACAUAACUCCCAUCAAAUUUGUUGUGAAAGAUGAAGGAUAUCAAUACAAUGUAGACCUGAAGAAUAUCACUUGUGAAUGCUUGGAGUUCCAAACUGAUGAGUUACCGUGCACACAUGCCAUGGCAGUUAUAGACAAAAGAAGUUUGUCAAAAUCUACACACUGUGCGGACUAG